AUAUGUCUCACGUCUAAAAUCGAUCGUUCGUAGAUUGUACAAACAUUGUGGAAUAACCAUUUUUAAUAAUCUAGAAAAUUAUUAAAAGUUUAAUGUAAAUAUAUCAAUCGAUUAAUGAAAUCCGUAUAAUAUUAUUAAAAAUUGUGAAGAAAUAAUAUUUUUACGUGUUAUUAUAUUAUACAAUUUAAAAAUGACAGAAGAAGGAAAAAAAAUUUCGUUUGGUUUUGCAAAAACUAUUAAAAAACCUGUAUUAAAAAAUACACUUUCUCAGGAACAAAAAAAAGUCGACUAUAUUGAAUGUCUUGAUGACAAAGGUAUUAAAGUAAUUGGAGAAGAGGAGAAGAAAGAUGAACCUCUGGUCAUUCCUUUGUUGGGUUCUGAAACGUGGCACGAUAGAAUUAUCAAUAAAAUUGAUGCUGAUAUUUUUGAGCCCAAACCAGUGCCAAAUGAAGAAAAAGUGAAAGUAAAAAGUGAUAUUAAACAAGAGCCAAGUAACAAAAUAGCUAAUGGAAAUGCAACACCAAUUCAUACAGAUAUUCCUUCUACGAAUAUUAAAACAGAACCAGUAGAUACAACUACUACAGAAACGACAUUGGAAGAACAGGCAGCUAAAGAAAUUAUAGAAGAUUUAAGAUCUACAGGAAAAAAGGAAGAAUCUAAAGUGUUAACUUUAUCUAUAACGGAAGAAGAAAAAGCUUUGAGAGGACAAGAAGAAUCUACUUUAGAAGAUUAUGAAAGAAUUCCAAUAGAUGCGUUUGGUCUUGCUAUGUUGCGUGGAAUGGGAUGGCAACCAGGACGAGGAAUUGGAAAAAAUGAAAAAGUAGUUUCAACUGUUAUACCUGAAUUACGUCCAAAAGGAAUGGGCCUUGGAGCAGACAAAGUAACAUUACAAAAACAAGCAACUAACUCUAAAGAUAAACAAGAAGAAGAAAUAAAAAUUAAAAAGGGUACAUAUGUGAAGAUCAUAAGCGGCAAAUAUGUUAACACUUAUGGUCAAAUAGAAGGAUUAGAUGAUGAUGCAGGAAGAUUAAUAAUAAAAAUGGCUUUGGGAGGAAAUGCUAUUUCUUUAAACGAAUUUAUAGUUCAACCUGUUACAAAAGACGAAUAUAUUAAGAAAGCUAAAGUUUUAACAAUCCGUUUGGCGUUAGUGCAGCUUGCUGUCAGUGAUGAUAAAUUAAGGAAUAUAACACGAGCGAUAGAUUAUAUCGAACGUGCUAAAGAAAAUCAAUCGAACAUCGUUGUUUUACCAGAAUGUUUCAAUUCUUCUUAUGGAACAUCUCAUUUCCAAAAAAAUGCAGAAGAAAUUCCAGAAGGUCAAACGAGCAUUGCAUUGUCCGAUGCAGCCAAAAAAAAUAAUAUUUACGUGAUUGGUGGCACAAUUCCAGAAAGAGAAGGUGAUAAAUUGUAUAAUACAUGUACGAUUUGGGCACCAGACGGAAAAAUGAUAGGCAAAUAUAGAAAGAUGCAUCUCUUCGAUAUUGACAUCAAAGGAAAAAUAACAUUCCGCGAAAGUGAUUCGUUAAGUCCUGGAAAUUCUCUAUUGACCUUCGAAAUGAUGGGAUGCAAAAUUGGUAUUGGCAUUUGCUAUGAUAUUCGUUUCGAAGAAAUGGCGAGACUCUAUAGAAAUCAGGGUUGUAAAAUGUUGAUAUAUCCAGCUGCAUUCAAUAUGACCACCGGUCCACUGCAUUGGUCACUUCUGCAGCGUUCCAGAGCAAAUGACAAUCAAUUAUACGUCGCCUGCGUAUCGCCAGCUCGUGGUUCUCCUCCCGGUUAUAUAGCAUGGGGACAUACACAGCUAACUAAUCCUUGGGGGGAAAUUCUUCAUGAAUUAGAUUCCACGGAGGACAUGAUCAUCUAUGAUAUAGAUCUCAAAAUCGUGGACGAGGUGAGAGCUCAAAUUCCAACUUUUUAUCAACGACGUACGGAUUUAUACGACACAAUCUGGAUGAAGAAAUAAUAUUUUUGAAUAAAUAAUACUAUUCUUCUCGCAUUAAAAAUUCUCGACACUGUUGCAAAUUAGCAUAGAUUAACAUACGUAUAUGAAUAAUAUAUAAGUAUUUUAUAAAAGAUUAUAGAUAAAUAUAAUAUGGAAUUUUCUAAUAAUAAAUUAUAAAAUUUCAUAAAUCCUAA